CAUACUUACAACAAUAUUUGGUGAAAGGAGGAGACUUUUAGAGAGAGAGAGAGAGAGAGAGAUGGGAAGUUUAGGAGAAAUUGAGGAAAUAGAGAAGUGGGUUUCACCAGCUGCAACCAAAAGAACAAUGCCUAUUCUGUCAUUAAACCACGUCUCAUUUGUUUGCAAGUCUGUUCCUGAGUCUGUCAGGUUCUACCAAGAUGUUUUGGGAUUUGUUCUCAUCAAAAGACCUUCUUCUUUCAAUUUUGAAGGAGCUUGGUUGUUCAACUAUGGUGUUGGGAUCCAUUUGCUUGAAUCAGAUAGAGUCCUAUCAAAGAAAGGUAAAAUAAAUCCAAAAGAUAACCACAUUUCCUUCCAAUGCUCAGACAUGGAUCUUGUUGUUAAAAAACUAGAGGAGAAGAACAUUGAGUAUGUGACAGCAGUUGUGGAAGAAGGUGGCAUUACAGUUGAUCAGCUCUUCUUCCAUGAUCCAGAUGGCUACAUGGUUGAGAUCUGUAAUUGUCAAAAUCUCCCAGUUCUUCCCCUUUCUUCAUGCCCUUUCAAGCUACCUAAAGCCAAUGGAAAGCUUACAUCAUCACCAACAUAUUAUGGGAAGAGAAGCUGGGAGAUGGCUUGUUCCGGAGGUGUUGCGUCUCUGAUGAUGGAUAACUUGGUGGUGGACAUGAUGGACAUUUCGAUCUAAGGGAUUGGAAGGGUGACCAAUGCAAGUUUUGAUUCACUACUCUGAAAAAAUUGUUUUGUAUACAUUUGUGUAAAGAAAUAAUGUGAGAAAAAUUGAAGUGGUGGGGUUAGCUUUUGCUUUUGUUUGAUAAGGAGUUUCUCAAGUUCCAUUGAAACAGUAUGCUUCUUAAAUUUGUUUGAUCUGUGUCUACUC